GGGCCAGCGUGACUCCAUAUCAAUUAGUGAAAGGUUGGGCGGGAGCUCUAGUUACCUCUAAGGCAUUUUCUUACGAGGCGUGAUAAUUUUGUCUAUGUUCAUGAUGAAAUAUGUUGCACUGAUUACGAUCGUUUGUCUUCUUCCAGCAAUAGUUGCAGUGUCUGUAGACAACGAGAAUGAAAAUGACUUACACCGGAUCGUUGAAAAGACCGUCCCGUCUUCUUACAAGAACGCUUACAACAUUUUGAUGAAAGCAAACGAAAUAAAAACAAGGUCUGACAAUACGAACGAAGGUCAGGACUACCCUCGGAUUCCUCCGAUAGAUCCACAGGUCAGGUUGGAAGUCUCUGAAAUUCUGGCAAAAACCAUCGAAGACAUCAAUGAUCGCCUAUAUAGCUUAGCCGAAAAUAUCAAAGUGCUAUCACAAAACCAACUCUUGUUUAACGCGAGGUUAUCUGCCAUAGAGGAUGCAAAUGAAAUUGCCAUUGUUCCAGUAGUGGAAGGCAUCCACAACCAUCACCAACAAACAGACCAAGGCAAUCAACAUGGUGACGACAGAAACGGGAAUGAUAUGGAGGGAAACCUUAGCCUCAUUAAUGAACUCGUUGAUGUUGCAGUAGAUAGAAUUGAAGACGCUCAAUAUAUUGUAGCAGAAUCAGGGGAAUCUCACGACGAGAGUCCACAAGCAACUUCAAUGCCACCACAUACAACAACAAGUGUCAACGGCGAUCAUCAGCAACAGGCAAGUACAGUGCAACCACAUACAUCAACAAGUGUCAACGGCGAUCAACAGCAACUAACAUCUACAAUACAACCACAUACAUCAAGAAAUGUCAAUGGCGAUCAACAGCAACUAACAUCUACAAUACAACCACAUACAUCAAGAAAUGUCAACGGCGAUCAUCAGCAAGAGGCAAGUACAGUGCAACCACAUACAACAACAAGUGCCAACAGCGAUCAUCAGCAAGAGACAAGUACAUUGCCACAACACAACACAAGUGUCAAAGGCGAUCAAAAGCAAGAUGCAACUGCAAUGCCACCACAUACAUCAACAAAUGUCAAUGGCGAUCAACGGCAACAACCAACUGCAAUGCCACCACAUGCCAACGUGGUCACAACCACAGCACAAUCGCAUGCUAACACAGAACAAGAAACCAGUGCAUUGCCACCACAAAGCAAUGGUGACUCGCAGCAGUCUACUACUACCCACGCUAACGGAGUAGAAGUCCUCGAUGAAAAACGGAACUACCUCGGUGACCAUCGUCGGUAUUCUUUUCGUGGCUAUAAUCCUUUUAUUGGUGAUCGUCGUAGUAGCGUUCUCAGCAGGCUUCGUAAUGGUCUUCCUCUCAGACAAGUGUCCUACCAAGUACCGGUCAAACUCCGUAAAGGGGCAAGACUGGAUCAAACAUGGUACCCGAAGGAGUUUCAACACAGGAAUUAACCCACCAACCUAUUACUAUUAUGGAUUUUAAACUCUUCUGCAACCAUAAAUCAUUUCCCCAACAGCUCAAUCAGCAGGCCUAAUUUAGUUUAUAAGUUAUAAUUACAUAAAAAUACAAUUUAAAAAUACAAAAUAAAACCAACUGCAAAAAUUACAAUUUUUGAGGUGUUAACAAUGAAAUUGAAAAAGUCAUUUAAAAAUGAUUUCAAACGAGUGUUUAGCAUCUAAUGCAAUACCUUAAAAAGUUAAUCAUAAUUAUGUCUUUUAUCAUGUUUAUGAAAUAUGAUUAUAAUCAAUGCAUAUAAUGCACUGCGUAUGCAGACUUUUGGUUUGAUCAAAAAGAUGCACUGUUUGAUUUCUAGAAAGCAUUUUAUUAACAAAAAGUGACGAUCAUGCUCUUUCACUUCCAUUUACCCCAUCUACUUUAUCAAUGUCUCAUAUUCUUUAUAAAAACUUUAUUCUUGGUUUGUGAGCCUCAUCCAAGUAAAUUCAUUGUAUUUUUUUCUUGCAUGUCGUGAAAGGAAGUGCACAAUAAAAAUAACUUACCUUAA